AUGGUUCUUGAGUACCACAAAUCUGUGCUCGAGGAAGAAGAUGGGUUCAGCAACGAUUCUGCCACAACCCAUCCUCCUCCUCCUCUGAGUGGGACUGGAAGUGUGUUGGUUUAUAAGGCCAUAAGCUAUCAUCCUGAGGAAGCACUGUCUCUGAUCAACUUCAAAGCCAAUAAUGGUGGGUAUAACACUGUCGUGAAUGGUGGUGAAUCUUUGCUUAGCUUUCAGCAGAAAGAGUACUAUGUGUGGGAGAAUAAUAAUGGUUUGCACCAGUGGAAUCAGAUUAGUAGCCCCAGGGCCACCACUUCAGACCAAAGAAUGAUUCAGGAUUUUAAUUGCAUUCAAACUAAUAACAAUGGUGCAAAAGAGAAGCAGCAGCAAGGUGAGAGUUCAUAUGGGUGGCUCUACUCUGAACCAAAUGUUCCUUCUGAUAACAGCCUUCAGGAUUCUUCGGGAGCAAAAGCAGCAUCUUUCCAUAAGCGCCUUUCAAUGGGAGAGAGCAUGCAGGCCUCGAAGAAGCAAUGCACUGCUAGUAAUGCUGCAAAUAAACCAAUAAACCAAAAGUCAAACUCAUCUAAGGAUCCUCAUAGUAUUGCAGCCGAGAAUAGAAGAGAGAGGAUAAGCGAGAGACUCAAGAUGCUACAAGAACUAGUUCGUAAUGGCUCCAAGGUUGAUUUGGCGACUAUGUUGGAGAAAGCCAUUAGUUAUGUGAAGUUUCUUCAACUGCAAGUGAAGGAACUGGCAACCGAUGAAUUUUGGCCAGUCCAAGGAGGAAAAGCACCUGAUAUUUCUCAAGUAAAAGAAGCCAUUGAUGCCAUUCUUUUACCCCAGAGAGACAGAAACUCAACCUCAAUGCAUCAGAAUUGA